AUGGGCAAUAGCAAAAGUGGUGCCCUAUCUAAAGAGAUUUUGGAAGAAUUGCAGUUGAAUACUAAAUAUACACAGGAAGAAUUAUGUACCUGGUAUCAGUCCUUUUUGAAAGAGUGCCCAAGUGGAAGGAUUUCUAAGAAGCAGUUUGAAAGUAUCUACUCCAAAUUUUUUCCAGAUGCGGACCCGAAAGCUUAUGCUCACCAUGUCUUCAGAAGCUUUGAUGCCAAUAAUGAUGGCACAUUGGACUUUAAGGAAUAUAUGAUCGCUCUGCACAUGACCUCAUCUGGUAAAACCAACCAAAAGCUAGAGUGGGCAUUUUCCUUAUAUGAUGUGGAUGGAAACGGAACCAUCAAUAAACAAGAAGUGCUUGAAAUAAUCACGGCAAUAUUCAGAAUGAUUACUGCUGAAGACCAGAAACUCCUGCCAGAGGAUGAAAACACCCCAGACAGGCGGACUAAUAAAAUAUGGGAUUUCUUUGGAAAGAAAGACAAUGAUAAACUCUCUGAAGGGGAAUUCAUUCAGGGCAUUAUGAAUAACAAAGAAAUCCUCCGUUUGAUCCAGUAUGAACCUACGAAAGUCAAAGAAAAAAUAAAGGAGAAGAAAAACUAACACAAGAGUCAGCAGACUUUUAAAGACUGUGAGGCAUUUCUACAAUUCCAUCAAUAAGAUAAUUGCAUAUUCUAGGCAUGAAGUGGUCUGAAACACUUGUUGUCCUUAAACUUCAUUUAUACAACGCAAUAAUACUUGUGUCAUGUAACAUUGUGCUAUCUUUAUUAUAAUUAGGUUAACUAAUAAUCCGUGGAUUGCAUCUGUAGUCUUCUUAAACGCUGAAGGUCACAGACAAGAAGCUUGUUGUUGUUUUUUCAACCGAUAUUCUGGAUGUAACACAGCACAAGUUGCUAUAGCCACAUUGAGAAAAAAUACAUACUUAGAUCUCUUUUAAAUUUAAAACUACAGUAAUGUAGGCUCUGGUAAAAAUAUAUUGUAAUGAUAUCUGUAUUUUACCUAGUUUUGUAGUUGCGCAUUAUUUUUUUAUUUAUUUUUUUGUAAUGUUAUAGUGAUAGAGACAGAAAAGUAUGGGGCAUUUUUUUUAUUCUGUUGUACUACUACUGC